CUCUAGUCUAGACCAUAUUCUACCGUUGAUGAUGCAAGUCAAGCCCCCAGCCGCCUUGGCAAGGGUCCACACGCACGCGUUCCCACCAGGAACCGCGACGUCGUUGAGCUUUGUGGGGUAGAAAUUGUCUCGUCCUACACAUAGUAUCGGAUGCAGCGUGCCGCGACCAAGGUGGUGUGAGUGACGUAGGAAGAGACGCGAGGAAUAAAAUGGAACGCUGGGGACAUGGUGUCACCGCGUGGAUCCUGGUGAAUUGAAUUAUCUUGGGUUGCUAUUGCUUCGUGCUGCUUUUCUUGAAACUUUGAAACAAUUGAGAGGAAUCAAACAUGCGCUUCACAACAUUCCUCACCGCAGCGAGCGCAACGACUGCGUCAGCGCUCUAUCUCCCCCGCUCAUCCUCCUCCUCGCAAACCCCCCUCGUCCAAGACGCGCUGUACGACGGCCACUGCUUCUACCCCCGCCCAACUCCCAACUUCAACCUCACCGCCUACCUCGGCACCUGGUACCAAGUCGCCGGCACGCCCUUUGGCCCAACCGCCGGCGCCCGCUGCGUGACCGCCGAGUACGCCCUCAACCCCAACGGCACCGUGCGCGUGGUCAACACGGCCGCCGUGGGGCCGCAGGAGAUCCGCAUCGAGGGGACGGCGACGCCCGUCGACGCUGCCUACGCGCGGGCGGGCGCGUUCAAGGUCGAGUUCCCGAGCACGCCUGCCGGGGGAUGCGAGGGGCCGAAUUACAUUGUGCAAGAAUUCUGCACCGACCAUGCGCUGGUGCAGACGCAGAACUGGACGACGCUGUAUGUGCUGAGUCGCGAGCGGGAGCCGGCGCCUGCGCUGGUGGAUGCUUGGAUUGACCGCGCUGUUGCGCUUGGGUCAGACAGGGCGCGGAUAGGGAAGUUCAAUCAGACGGGGUGUUAGGGGGUGGUUGGAGGCACACAGCUAUACAGGCUGAUGUACAGUACAAUAGUCCGAUAUGUAAUGAUAAUGUGAA